AUGGCUAUGGUCGAGGUGCCCGGGGAGGUCAACCCGUUGACCUUUGAGAAUAUUGUGAGCGCUCUGGUGAUGGCCGCAAGUUCCAAUCUGCAGCAGGUCAAGGAAGGGACCAAGCAGCUGCAGAAUUGGGAGCGGAUGCCUACAUACCACGCCUUUCUCCAGGAUGCUUUCCUCGACCAAUCUGCCCCUCAUGCGGUUCGAUACCUUUCGAUCAUCCAGCUGAAGAAUGGCAUUGACAAGUACUGGCGGCGCACGGCUACGAAGCUAACUGGUGACAGCGCCAUCGAACCGACCGAAAAGAACAAGAUCAAGACCAGGGCUCUGAUGGCUGGUUCCGUUGAACCUUCUCGGCCACUUGCAGUUCAAAAUGCUUUGUUGAUUGCCAAGAUCAUGCGCUUCGAGUUCCCACAAGAUUGGCCGGAGGCCAUGACCGAUAUCCUCCAAGCAAUCCGACGCGGAUCCGACCCGAAUGUGGAUCCAAUCGUGCUUCCUCGAUCCCUCCUCACCCUGCUCCAAGUGAUCAAAGAGCUCUCAACGGCCCGGAUUCAACGAACCCGCACUCACCUCCAGGCUGUUACACCGGAAAUCUUCGAAGUCGUGGCAACCGUUUACAUGGAAAAGGUCACCCAGUGGCCUAUGACCAUUGAAAACACCCUUGCCAGCAAUACAUGGAAUCAAUUGGAUGAGGGAGCGUUGGUCCAAGCUAUCGAACAAACUCUUUUCGCGCUCAAGGUUAUUCGCCGCCUUCUCAUCUCUGGCUUCGAACACCCCGGUCGCGACGAGAGUGUGCGGGGACUCUGGUCACAGACAGAGCAGCACUUGCUCCAAUUCUUCGCAUAUGCCGAGAACAAUGGUGUCCCUGAAUCUGUCCGCACGUUGAUCGCGAAGCAUGCUCUGCAGUUGUCAAAGCUGCACCUGGAGAUGGCAAGGGACAAGCCCGCUAGUUUCGUAUCAUUCGAGAACUCCCUGUCGCUCGUCAAGACAUACUGGGGCUUUGUUUCCCAAUUUAGCCAUCGCUAUGCCGAUAUGAGGGAAGAUGACGAGGAACUGUCCGAGAAGAUCGCUCUCCGAGGCUUGCUUAUGCUCAGGGCAUGCACGAAAAUGGCAUUCCAUCCCAUCCACACCUUCAAGUACCAGACCCCGCAGGAUAAGCAGGAGAAGAAGGAUGCUGUUGAGUACAUCAAGAGUAGCUUGUUUUCUCAGGAGUUUGUCGUCGAAGUGAUGGAACUGAUCGUCACUCGAUUCUUCCGUCUACGGAAGUGUGACUUCGAGGAUUGGGAAGGUAACCCCGAGGAUUGGGAAAAGCAUGAGGUCGAUGCGGAUGCCUGGGAAUACUCCAUCCAUUCUUGCUCACACAAGCUCUUCCUUGAUCUUAUCACCCACUUCAAGGACUGGCUGGUCGCUCCAGUGCUGAGCACGUUCCAAAAUUUUGCCGCCACCGAAAACAAGGACGUCAUGCUGAAAGACUCCCUGUACUCUGCUAUCGGUCUGGCGGCAGCAUGUCUUGAACAGCAUCUGGACAUCAACACAUUCUUGCAGAAUACUCUGAUCCCCGAAGUUCAAAUUCAGGAGCAGGAGUACAGAAUUCUCCGUCGACGCAUCGCUAUUGUGCUCGGUCAAUGGGUGCCCAUCAAGUUUGCGGACAUGAACAUGGAGUCAGUUUAUCAGGUAUUCCAGCAUUUGCUUAACAAUCAGGAUUCCUUGAAUGACCUGGUGGUUCGCAUCACUGCCGGCCGACAACUCUGCAACGUCCUCGAUGCUUUCGAUUUCGAUGUUGAGAUAUUCUUGCCGUUCGCCCAGCCAAUUUUGACCGGCCUCAUGUCUCUCUUGCAGGAGAUUGAGUCCGCGGAUACGAAAAUGGCAAUGCUCGAGUCGGUGCGAACGAUUGUUGUGAAGGUUGAGCAGCGUGUUGUCAUACUUUCGGACCAGAUCAUUUCGCCGCUUCCGCAGGUGUGGGAAAACUCUGGAGAUGAGCAUUUGCUAAAGCAGGCUAUUCUCAACCUCCUCACGUCGCUCAUGCACUCGAUGAACCAAGACUCCGUUCGAUACCACUCAAUGAUUCUGCCGCUUAUUCAGAGCUCCAUUGAUAUGAACUCGGAUACCUACAUCUACCUCUUGGAUGAAGCUCUUGAACUGUGGGCAGGCGUCCUCAUGCAAACACCUUCGCCCGCUUCACCCGAGAUCCUGUCUCUUCUGCCCUCCUUGCUUCCGAUCCUGGAGGAAGAAACGGACACCGUCGUCCAAGCUCUCGAAAUCCUUGAAUCCUACAUCCUGCUUGCUCCCCAGGCAAUUCUCAGCGAUGAGCUUCGCCCAAAGCUCCUUCGCACAUUGGAGCCUCUCCUCGAGAGCCUGACCAUGCAACGCUGCGGACUCAUCCCUCGUAUCGUCGAGAAACUUAUUCGCGGUGUUGAAGCCAUCGACGGCGGAAGCGAGGCCGCCUACAAUACCAUGACCCAAUCCCUUCUCGAAACCAACAUUCUCCAAUCUCUCCUGAAGGGCCUCUACAGCGCCUACGAGGCCAGUCAAACGACUGGACCCAACAGGAAGAGAACCACUGUCGACGGCAAAGUCGAAACAGACUACUUCUCGGCCAUCGCACGCCUCGCCCUCGCAAACCCCACCCUCUUCGCGCACGCCGUGACGGCCGCAACCAACCAAUCCCAGGAAGAGGCCUUCACCUGGCUUCUAAAGGAAUGGUUCUUCCACUACGAUACUAUCGCCAUGGCCAGCCAGAAGAAACUGCACGUCCUCGCUCUCACCCAACUCCUCGCCCUGCAAGGCCCCAACGCGGCCCCACCCGCCUUCAUACUCAAGUUCCUGCAGGACUAUCUCACCAUCUGGACCGCGCUGAUCAUCGAACUGGCCGAAGGCGGAAACGACCCCAACGCCGAUUAUCUGACGGCGCAGCCCGUGAACGCUGGCGUCGAUCAUGCGCAGGCCCGCCGUCGUCGUGAGUGGGAGGAUAGCGAUACGAUGUAUCGCUUCCCUAUUCGUGACUUUGUCCGUCACCGUUUGCAGGAGGUUAUUGUUGCUUGUGGUGGGGCGCAGCGGUUCCAGGAGGACUGGCUUGUUAAUGUUGAUUCGGAGGUUGUGACGGCCUUCGGUGGUCUUGGCCUGAUCUAG